AUGGCGGCUGUUGGGACGAAGGAUGCUCUGGCUCGUGAGAUACAGACACAGAUUGAUCUGCUGCAGGCGGAGUUGCACAAGCACGUCAAGGACGUUGUCGUUGCGGGUAAUUUAAAGAGGAAUGCCCACUACACGGCUCGUCACGAGAUAAUUACAAAAGCGAUUGAGAGCGGUGAGCUUCCGCGCACCUUCUGGGCAGAUGCCAUCAUUGCAGCUCUUGAAACGCCUGAAGUGGCGGAGGGCAACGAAGGCCGCCUUCUUGGCAACUACGAUGCCGCGUUGCUGCGGGAGUAUCUGCAGGAGGUGAAGGUGGAGUACACAGAGGCGGGUGUGAAGGUCAUGCUCACGUUCGCGCCUAAUCCCUUCUUUGAGGAGACCGUGUUGUGGGGGGAGGAGCGGCACUACGCGGGCGAUGAAGAAGAAGAAGAGGGAAAAGGAAAAGACAGUGAUAAUGAGACUAAAAACAAGAAAAAUGACAAGGACGAAGAUGAUGAUGGUGAUAAUGAUGCGGAUGACGUUUGCCGCUUCUCCGGCAUCACGUGGAAGCCGGGCCACGGCCCUGAGGACGACGGCAACGACCACCACAGCAGCGGCGGCGGCAACGCGGGCAUGGACAAGGGUAGCAAUGGAACGAGCAGGAAACGCGGGCGGUCGCCAGCUACAACGCAGGGGUGGAGUUUUCUUGACGUUUUCAGCAAGAUGCUGCCGCACCCGGAAGAGGACGAAGCCUUUGACGAGGCGGAUGACGACGAGCUUGCCGACGCCGUGGAGAACUGGGAGUCCGAGAUGGAGGACCGUCGGGAUUUACUCUUGACGUUAGUUGAGGACGUUUGGCUUGACCCCAUCGCCGCACUCAUGAGAAAGCGGGCGGAGGAGCGGGAUGGCAGCAGUGGGCCGAGGUUAAAAAGGAUGAAGACGGAGUAA